CGCCAUUUUUGAAUCAGAACCUCUCUGUUAAUCCCUCUAAUAUAUAUGUGCAAAACUUUUGAUUAACCUGACUCAACCCAUUGCAAAUAUUUUCUAUUUGAUACUUUCUGCAUUGAGUCCUUGCUGUCGAAUAACUUCUUGUAGUUUAAAUAACUCUCAUAUUGGACUUGAGAAUUUAUAAAUGAAGCUAAGCCUGAUUCAUUUAUUAUUUCGUAGAUCAAUUACCAGGUUUGCACGAACUGACAGUAAAAUUUCCUGUUGAUGUUAUUAAUGUUCUUAUAAUUCUGUACUGUUUGAUUAUCCUUCUCUUCUCUUCUAUUUUUGUUUAUUUGCUUGUGCUUCUAUUGUAGUGUUUCCUAAUUAGAUGAAUCUUUUUUUUUUUUUUUUCCCCUUCACCUAACCAGUAAUUGCUACUUAUCAAACCCAAGUGUUGUAGCUUUUUUCUUAUCGUUAUGAUGUGCAUGAACUUCUUUCACCGCCUCAAGGCCAGAAGCAGAAAGUCACAAGCUUCCUUAUCCUCAAAAUCUCAUGACAUCUCUUGUGGUACCUUUUCUUCGGUGAAAGAUGUCAAAAUGGAAAGUAGCAAUUUCGGUAUUCAAAUAUUCAGCUGUGAUGAGCUUCUAAAAGCGACUGAUAAUUUCGACUCAGCCCAAAAACUUGGAGAUGGAAGCUCUGGCACAGUUUAUUUUGGUAAACUCUAUGAUGGGAGAACUGUUGCAGUCAAACAAAUGAAAGGAAACGAUCCCAAGAGAGUUGAGAAAUUUAUGAAUGAGAUUGAAGUUUUAUCACGCCUGCGCCACCAAAAUCUUGUCUCACUCUACGGAUGCACCUCCCACCAUAGCCGUGAACUCCUUCUGGUAUAUGAUUACAUUCCCAAUGGAAGUGUUGCUGAUCACCUUCACGGUGAACACGCAAAACUUCAGGGAAUGACUUGGUCUACUAGAAUGAACAUUGCCACAGAAACUGCAUCUGCAUUGGCAUAUCUCCAUGCUUCUGAUAUCAUCCACCAUGACAUAAAAACUAGUAGUGUUCUCCUGGACAAAAAUUUCUAUGUUAAACUAGCAGGUUUCGCGUUAUGUCGUCUUUUUCCUUCGGAUGUCACCCAUGUCUCAACUGUUCCACGAGGGACUCCAGGUUACAUUGAUCCAGAGUAUCAACAAACCAAAAAACUGACUUGUAAAAGUGAUGUUUUUAGCUUUGGAGUGGUUUUGAUGGAACUUGUAUCGUCGAAGCCUGCUGUUGAUAUCACAAGGCCACGACACCAGAUUAAUUUAUCUACAAUGGCAAUGAAUAUGAUCCAAAAUCAUGCAUUAAAUCAGCUGGUAGAUCCUUGUCUUGGGUUUGACUCAGACUUGAAGGUGAGGAGAAUGAUAAGUGCAGUGGCAGAGUUAGCAUUUCAGUGUUUGCAGUGUGAGAAGGAAAUGAGACCGUCUAUGCUUUACGUUUUGGAAGAACUAAAGAGUAUACAAAGAAGGGAUUUCGAAGCAGAUGGAAAUUCUUAAUGAUAUAUAUGAUAUUGUUUCCUGUAAUUGACAAUUGAACCAAGCUCAGCUGCCAAGUAUUAUAUCAAGAAUUGUGUAAUUUGUUGAUAUUACACCAUUCUUUAUAUAACACUUAGUAGUUUUCUGAUAAGCUCAGUUACUAAGUAUUAUAUAAAUUAUGGUGUAAUUUGUUAUUAAUUAAAAAUAAAACAAUGGUGUAAUUUGUUUUCA